GACAGUGCAAAUAUGGCGGCAGGUGAUGAGAACAUUUACAAAAACUUCCCGAUGAAUAGUCCCUUCAGAAAUGCCAUUCCACUGUCAAACCUUCUUCCAUACGUCAAGGAAAAUCUGGCAAACCAUGACAGCUUUGCCAAAGAAUUUAAGGAAAUACCUUAUGGAAUGAAAAAAACAUCUAAUGUUGCCAACAAAUCAUAUAACCGUGAAAAGAACAGAUAUAAGGACAUGCAUGCAUAUGAUGAAACACGUGUUAUGCUGAAAACACUACCAAAGGAACGAGGAUCGGAUUAUAUCAACGCGAGUUUUAUCAAG